CAUCUCACACAACACAUAUUGCGGCAUCACAAACCGCAGUGCAUAUUCCCGAUUGCGAAAUAGUUUGUUUAUAUUGAGAAUUUCUUUUGAAUUUUACUCAACCUGUUGUUGUUGAACGCGAAAAAGUUGAAAAGUGAAUGCCUCAAGAAUCGUAUUUAAUUGUGGAAAAUAUAUGUACAUAUAAAGGAAUAUGCGCAACGGGAAGACAAUAAUAUACAUUUUUGGAAUGAAAUCAAAAAAGUGAAAUCAUUUUUGAGGGAGGAGAGUCAAAGAUCCGGCGCCAGUGUAAACUUUAGAAAACAAUUAAAUUCCUACGGGGCUGCGGGCUAUUUGAGUUCGUUUUAUUAGCCAUUAUGAAGCAGUUGUUCAAUAUAAUACACUGCGAUCAUUUAAAUGGUCAUGUACGCUCUGUUUACGAUAAUUUAAAUACAGAUGUUUGCGGCAUUGACCGUGUGAAGCGUGUUUUUACGUGUAUGAGCAUUAUUCUGUUACUUUUUGGAUGGCUAUUUGUUUGGCAAAGAUAUAAAAGUGAGUUUUAUUAUAAAUGCCAUAAAACAUUGCUAAUGUUCCACAAUGUACGUGCCGCCGUUUCCCUGCUCCUGUUGGGUGCAAAUAGUCUGGAAUUGGCCAGGACCCUUCUGCCCCAUCGCAGUGUCCGUCAGCUCAACCAGCUCUUUGAGUUUGGUCCUGGAGAAAGAAAUUUCUUGAUCGUUAUUGGUUCAGGAGAAGCAUGGAAUGCACUAUUUGCCACACUGCUGACACUUACGCUAAUGCUGUAUCAUCGCAUGGUGGAGCGCAAGAAGGCGACAGUAUUUCUGUAUGCAAGUACAGCCGUUGAGGUAGUGCUUUUUGCCCUGCGCACCAACGAACUGUCCGAGUUGGUGUACUACGAAGAUGUCCUGGAGCUUCAGACGUGCCUGGUGGGUGUGUCAGCCAUGUGCAUGAUGGCCUUGGCAUCGCUGGAUGGUUUUACCAUUUACAAAGAGUGCUAUCAUGAUGACUUGGAUGACCAUGGCAAAAUCGGCUACAAGCAUUCACUGGCCACAUUUUAUUCCAAAUCCUGCUUCUGGUGGCUGACUCCUCUCCUCUGGCUGGGCUACAAUGAGCCGCUGGAGCUGGAGGAUCUGGGGCAAAUGAAAUUGGAGGAUAGUGCCAGGAGCCAUUACGACCACUUUCUAUAUGUUUAUACAGAGGAGGUGAAAAAAUCGAACUCGUCGCCAUCCUUGUGGUAUUGCUACAUAAAGAACAGUUGGCGCAUGUUUGCUUUGGGCGGCAUUUUGAAGCUGGCCGCUGAUUUAUUUGCAUUGAUUGGACCGCUGGCCAUACAGAAAAUAGUUCAGUAUAUAGAAAAACUUUAUGCCGAUGUCGGGAAUUGGAAUCGGGAGGAGGAUGAUGACUCUGAGUCCAACCUGCUGUCCACCUCCAGUGUGAGCACCGAAUUCGACGAGGUCUUUGGCACAAACAUUGGCCAGGUGAGGGUUUACUGCAGCACCUGGUCGGAUCUGUUGGCGAAUGGCUGGUGCAUCGCUUGGAUUGUCCUGCUGGCCGCGUUGACGCAGGGCGCAUUGUCCCAGGCCUCGACGCACAUCCUGAACAUGACGGGGCUCAGGAUUAAAUCGUCCCUGCAGGGUCUGAUUUAUAGAAAAAGUUUGCUCCUAAAUUGGGGCGGGGGUGGUGAUGCAGAUGAGAAACCUAAAAAUGAUGACACCAAAGGAACUUCAGAGCAAGUGGAAAAUUCGACUGAUUCAAAUGGCUUCAAUGACAUUGGCAGCAUCACCAACCACAUGACCGAGGACACUUCGAAUAUAAUGCAAUUCUUCUUGAUCAUCCACUAUGCCUGGGCCAUUCCAUUUAAAGUUUAUAUUGUGGUUAUAUAUUUGUUGUAUCUGACUUUGGGAAUAAGUGCAGUAAUUGGCUCUAUUGUCUGCAUUCUGAUAAUGACGCCUCUGCAAUUCAUCAUUGGAAAUGCAAUGUCAAAGAACGCCGAGAUUAUCGCAAAAUACACCGAUGAACGUUUGAAGAAAAUACAUGACACUCUGGUUGGCAUCAAAGUCAUAAAACUCAAUGCCUGGGAUGAGGUGUUUCUCAAGAAGAUUCAAGAGGCAAGAAAGAAUGAACUCAAGUAUCUCAACAAGGAUGCCACAUUUUGGACACUAAUGGCUGUUCUUACCCAUAUCGCCACCGUUUUGAUUACCUUUGUGACUCUGGGUGUCUAUGUGUGGUUACAGCGGGAUCAGGACUUUGAUUUGAAUGCCAGCCGGCUCUUCUCAUCUUUGGCCCUGUUCCAGCAGCUCACAGUGCCUCUCCUGAUCUUUCCCAUCACGGUGCCCAUCAUCAUAGCAGCUAGAGUGUCCACCCGUCGUUUGGAACGUUUCCUAAAGUCCAGUGAGAUCCACAAACAGUUUGAGGGUAUUCGAAAUAUGGCCAGAAUACUGAGCAAAAGCGAUGCCUCUUUGGAUAUGUACGAGACCCAGGAGAAGUCCAACAUGACGAUGCGCACGGCGCAGGCGGAGAACAAACUGAAUGAGAAGCGGUUGGCCCAACAAUUUGGAGUUCCUGAAACCGCCGUGGAGCUGCCAUUGCCCACCACAUCCACUCCCCUGCUGCAGAGCAACGAGGAUGAGCCCGUUGGCGUCGACACCGCCUUGUCCUCUGUCCAGGAGCUGGGUCACAACAAACUAGUGCAACAGCGACGUGAACUCCUACGGAAUACACCCUAUGUGGCCAUUCGGCCUCCAAAAAUGCGUGGCACUAGCGGAGGAAUGGAAAAGCCCGUGGAAUUCUCGGUGGUGCGUGCCAGGAAUACAGAUAGCUGGCGUCGAGAUUCCUUGCUCCUGAAAAUGCCCGAUGACAUUGCUGUGUCGAUCAACGAUGGACUCUUCACAUGGAAGCCACAGAGUCAGAUGCCAUUGGUGCAAUUGCAUGUUCCUGGAAUUAUAGUGCCCAAAGGAAAACUGACAAUUGUGGUGGGAAAAAAUGGCAGCGGAAAGACAUCGCUUCUGUCAGCUUUGCUCAUGGAAAUGCCCCUGCUGGUGGGCAAUAUGUUUUGGCACAAAACCUGUACUAUAUCUUAUGUCUCUCAGCAACCAUGGCUUUUGAAUGACACCAUUCGGGAGAAUAUACUUUUUGGCGAGUCCUUUCGACCCAAACGAUAUGAUUUUGUGAUAGAAGCCUGCGCUCUUAAGCCUGAUAUUGAACUAAUGCCCAGGGGCGAUCUAACCAUUAUUGGAGAGCGUGGCAUUAAUAUUUCCGGUGGUCAAAGGCAGCGAGUUGCCAUAGCUCGAGCUAUAUAUUCAUCGGCUAAUGUGGUCAUAAUGGAUGAUCCCUUGGCUUCCCUAGAUAAUGAAGUGGGGGAUCAUAUAUUUCAACAUUGUGUUCGUGAAAUGCUGCAAAAAUCAAAUCGUACCUUUAUUCUUGUGACACAACAACUACAUCGCAUUAAAGAGGCUGAAUAUUUAAUUGUUAUGAAAGAAGGUCGUGUUGAAGCUUGUGGCACUUACUCUGAAAUAGAACAAAAGCAUCCUCGUAUCACGGCCAAAUGGAACUCUUUGAUAGCCCUGGCAAAUGCCAAGAAAGAUAAUUCCAAUCAAAAUCCAACAGAUCGAACAGCCUGUGAGCGUUGGAAACUUCUGAGAAAUGUAAGCAAACUGGGACUACAACGUUCCAUCUCUGUGACCAUGGAUUCAGGUGGCGGUUCCAAUGCAGAUGCCAUCGAUGGCAGUGGUUGCAUAUCGGUGACCAAUAUAUCAUCUCAUGUGGUCGAGGAGGAUGAAGAGGAUGAUCAAGUGCCUGUGUCCUAUUCCCUGGGAUCCUGUGGUGGCUACAGUGGCUUGCAGAGGAAGCGUUCCAGUAUUUAUGGCUCAAGGCAUCUGAUGUUCGAUGCUCCGUUGCCGAUCGACGAAUGCCAAGGAGAUGAUGUUAUUAUGCGACCUCGACGCCGACACACCCUGAGUCGUCGUGGUAGCCGGACAACUAACUCUUGGCAUCGUCUAAGCGGUCUGAGCACUCUGACAGCCACUUCUGCUUCAAGUUCCAACAGCGGAGAUGUCCUCAAUCGCAGUGCCCUGGCCACCAGUUGUAGCAGUUAUGCGGAGAGCAGUGUGGAUGGCAGUGAUGUGGCCAUUGUGCCAUCAGAACCCCGCGUCCAAUCCUGGCAGCCACCGCAGCAUGUCCAGCAUCAGCCUUUGUCGCGGAAUGCAUCAUCACCACCGGCCAUAGAGGUGGCCAAGGCGGAGGCAGACUUACAGGAUACGGAGGCGGGAACCAGGACGAACACGAACGGAGAGGAUCAAGUUCGGGGCAGCUUCCAGCAAUUCUUGCGACGCAUGUCCAUGCGGCGUUCCAAUAAGCCAAAGAAUCAUCAUCACCCGCUGAGCGCCACCAAUUCCAUUUUGAGUAUUUCUGAGGAAUCACCGCCCAUUUUGCAUUUCCCAACAACCGACCUUGUACCCCAGCCAAUCUCCUUACAAAACCCCAAGCUUGGUGAGGUGCAGCUAGAGUCUGAGGAAAAGUCCAAAAAGUGUGUAAAUAUUGACUCCAAAGGUACCACAAUAAAUUGCGCUGACAAUGGCGAAUCAGUAGCAGCAUCCCACAAAGAAUCAGAGGAGAACGUGACUUCGUUGGCUCCUGCGGAUGGAGGCGAAGGACACGUGCUGGCGGCUACUCCUGCGUCCAAUGUCGCCAAUGAAUCAACGACAUCGAUUUACACCGAACGCAAAUAUGGCAAAAUAUCGGACGACAUAUAUCUAAUGUACAUACGAGCCGCCGGUCUGCCCAUAAUCACUGUCUUUUUUAUCACCGCACUAAUUUGGCAGUGUUUGCGUGUCUAUACGGACGUAUGCCUGCGCCAUUGGAGCGAUGCUCACGUGAAGAGCCAGGAUGCAGGAGUAGGAGCAGCAACAGGAGUAGGAGUAGGAGCAGGAGCAGCUGCAGGUGCAGGAGUCGGAGCAAAAGCUGUUGGACAGAAUGCCAUCGAGGAGGAGGGCCACGAAGUCACGUACUAUUUUCGCAUGUAUGCUGCAAUUUCGUGUGUUUGCAUUAUAAUGGCCCUGGUAUCAACACCGGCCGGACAAUGGGCCGGCUGUAAUGCUCGUCGUAAUUUGCACGAUAAGCUGCUGCAAACGAUUUUGCAUAAAACGUUGCAUUUUUUCCAAGUGACGCCGCUCGGACGUAUUGUGAAUCGUUUCAGCAACGAUAUGGCCGUCAUUGAUAAGAAAAUUGCGGCCACUGGCCAACGAUUGCUGCAAUUCACUUUGCUCUGCCUGUCGGCCAUCCUGAUAAAUGUGACCAUCACCCCUUGGUUUCUGGUCCUCACACUGCCCAUCUGUGGGGCCUAUUAUGUAAUACAAAAGUUCUUCAGGUGCUCGGCACGGGAACUGCAGCGCAUUGAAAAUACAACCAACUCACCGGUUAUAUCUCAUCUUUCGGAGACUAUUCAGGGUGUGACAACUAUACGAGCUUAUAAUCAGCAAACUCGGUUCACAGAGAUUCUGUUCAAACGUCUCGAGGCAAAUACAAUUGCUUAUGCUUUGCUAAACACAAGCCAUCGCUGGUUGGGUGUAUCCUUGGACUAUUUGGGAGGAUGCAUUGUUUUUGUGGCCACCGUUACGGCCCUGGCCACGGCAAGCGUCAGUUGCAGCCACUAUGGACGCUACAGGCAAUCGCCUGGCAGCGGGACAGAAUCCGAAACUUAUGCUGUCAAUAAAAGCCCAACGGAGUCGGAGCUGAAGCCAUCGCCAUCGCUGGUGGGUCUGGCCAUAAACUACACGUUGUUGGUGCCGAUUUACCUUAAUUGGGUUGUAAAACUUUUGGCUGAUAUGGAGAUGUAUGCGGGCUCCGUGGAACGCAUCGCCCACUAUGCCCAGGGACAGGAUGCGGACACCGACGAACCGACGACCUACGACGACGACGACGACAAGGACGAUGGUGAAGAUGUGAGCGGUGAAGUCGAUAGGUCGUCCCUACCGAAAGCCGAUGACAAAGUUUACCCAGGCGCAACGACAGCUGCCGGUGAUGUUGAUGAAGAUGGACCGGCAGCUGGUUCAGGGGAUGGAAAUGGAACUGGGGCAAGAGGAGGUGCCGGAUCUGGAGCUGGAGCAAACGCUGAUAAAUUAAAUGCAGGCAAUGCAACCGGCGACGGCAAUCACUUAAACUUCCACUUCCGCACGGCGACAGCUGGCGACAAGGUGGAGCUGGCGACGACAAAGACGUCGUCGGUGAUUAAAGAUAAGCAACAGCCACCGCAGGACGGGAAGGUCGUCCAGGCCAGGAAGUUGGAGCGCUACCAAAGUGUUCCCAUUUCUUGGCCACAAAGGGGAGACAUCAGCUUCGAGAAUGUGAGCCUGCGAUAUGAAGGACAGAAGCAAAAUGUCAUCAGUGACUUGACAUUAAAGAUUCCCGCAGGACAAAGGAUUGGCAUCUGUGGUCGAACUGGCAGUGGCAAAUCAUCUCUGGGUCUGGCCCUUUUCGGUGUUUUACAAACGACCAAAGGCCACAUCUACAUCGAUGAUGUGGACAUUGAACGCAUUCGACCAGACGAGCUGCGAACGAGACUGUCGAUAAUUCCCCAGGAUGUGCAUUUGUUCAAUGCAACCAUACGUGAAAAUCUUGAUCCACGCGGUUACUACCAGGACCUGCGUCUGUGGAACUGCCUUGAGUUGGCUCAGCUCAAGGAAUUCGUCAAUGUGCACCUGCCUCUUGGUCUGGACACGGUGAUCUGCGAUGGGGGCGUUAACCUGAGUGCUGGACACCGGCAGUUACUCUGUCUGGCACGUGCCAUACUACGGGGCUCCGUGUGCCUCGUCCUGGACGAAGCAACAAGUGCUCUGGACAGCAGCACGGAGAAUGCACUGCUCAAGGCAGCGGAUGAGGCCUUCCAGGGUCGCACCAUUAUUACCAUUGCCCAUCGCCUGACAACAAUUUUGGAUUAUGACCGACUAAUCGUGCUUGACCAGGGCCGCAUUGUCGAGGAUGGGAAUCCAAGGGUGCUCCAACAGCAACCGGGAUCGAUUUUCCACAGUCUUUUGGAGAAGGGUUCCAGCAAGUGGUAAAAUACUCCAUUCGUAGAUACUCUUAAUAUACGAUCUUGAACAGCUUUUAUUAUUAUUAAUUUUAUUUAUUUAUUUGUACACAUUGAAGAUAAUCUUCCGAUAAAAACCAAGCUAGGACACCAAAAAUAUCUGCUGAAUUUUGUACUUAAAUCUAGAUGUAAAUGUAUCUCAAAAGCUUUUAUUUUAAAACGUACUUAUUUUGUAUA